UGCUUCUGUCUCUCUAUUUUUGGAAAUCUGUAUUUUUCAUUAGAUCUGGCUAAUCUUGGUGUUUUCUUUUGUUUGUUAUUUUUCAGAUGUGGGAUGUUUUUGGGUUCUAUUUAUGAAUUUUUGAAACACUUUCUUUCAAUUUGUCUGAAGUUUGAAUUUUGAGUGUGUUGACCGGAGAUUUUAUAUUUCUCUGAUCUGUACAAGGACAGCUUUUGGAAUAUUAAUUUUCACAAUUUUUUUUACUGUUUAAUUGAAUUUUACUGCAACUUAAGCAUUAGUUAUAUGGACAGUUUCAGGGAGCAAAUUUUCAUAGGUGUGACUUGGAGCUUGGAUCCGUUGUGGUCUCCAUUAAUUUUUUACUAGUGAAAUGAUCCUUAUAACUAAACUGUAAUUUUUUUUUUUUUCGAAAAGGGUAAUAAAGAAUAGAUGUUUAAUGUUUCUCUGUUUAUACGAUCGGAUGCCUAAAUGAGGACUCAAUGAUGGAAUCGGAAAUAUAAUAUAUUAUUCUUCAAUCCUAAGUCCAAAUAAUUGUAGUUUUUGUGUCAUUCAUCAAAAAUUUUAUUGCAUUGAUUUUCUUAAGUUUCAGCUCCCUUGUCGAAAAUCCUCGAUCCAUCCCAGUGUAAAAUGGUCUAUGUUCAUUGGAAUUUUUUAAUUUUUUUUUGGAUAUGGGCUUUUGUAGAUGCUGCAUAUUAUUGCAUUUGUGAUGAUGGAUUGAGCGAUGCGAUUUACCAGAAGAACAUUGACUAUGCAUGUGGUGCUGGAGCAGAUUGUAUUCCAAUUAUGCAAAAUGGCCCCUGUUUUCAGCCAAAUACUGUGAAGGAUCACUGCAAUGUUGCUGUUAAUAGUUAUUACCAAAGAAACGGGCAGGUUCAGGGGAGCUGUAACUUCUCAAACACAGCCACUCUAGCUCAAGACCCACCUCCUACAAUUUCUGAAUGCGUAUAUCCAUCCAUGCCCAGAGCUGUCGAGAAACCCAUCAUCCAUUUCUCCCUCUCAAUUAAAAUCACUGUUGCAACCGGCUUAGUGAUAAUGGUAAUAGGCCUCCUAAAGCUGUUUCAAAGCUUGAAUGAAGGGAAGAGCCACCAAGAAGCUGCAAAUCAUACAAAUGGGCCAGUAGAAAUUGAGGCUAACACUGCGGGCUCUCCGUCCACCGUGCUUGAUAUUAAGCUUUCAGAUGAGCCAUAGAAAAGGUUAGGGCACGUAUAGUGAAAAUGAGCUUUAGACAUCUCUGAAUUUCAGGAUGUAGAACAUAUGUGGAAAAUUUCAGCAUGUUUUAAGUAAAUUUUCCCACUUAUGAGGUAUCUUUCAGUCACCGCUCAAUUCCCCUUGAACUUAAUUAUGUACUUGUCUAUUUUCGUACCUUGUACCUAUAGCUUUAAGUCUACUAUUUUCGACUUCUUCUGGUUCUA